AUGCCCGGCCACGCCAACGGGCAAUCGGAGCGCCGCUUCGACGUGAUCAUUGUGGGCGCCGGCAUCUCUGGCAUCAAUGCCGCCUACCGCGUCCAGGACCAGCUACCGGGCUUCAGCUAUGCCAUUCUCGAGGCCCGUCCAGACCACGGUGGCACCUGGGACCUGUUCAAGUACCCCGGCAUCCGCUCGGACUCGGACCUGUUCACCUUCGGGUUCGCGUUCAACCCCUGGCACCACAGCAACCCCAUCGCAGAAGGCUCCGCCAUCAAGUCGUACAUUGGCGAGACGGCGCGCAAGUACGGCAUCGACAAGCACAUCCUCUACAAGCACAAGCUGACUUCGGCCGACUGGUCGAACGAGGAGCAUGUCUGGAACUUGUCGGUCGACGCGGACGGGGAGGACAAGAGGUACACCGCUCGAUUUGUGAUCUUCGGCACUGGCUACUACAACUACACGGAGCCGCUCCAGGCCACUAUCCCCGGGCUGGACAAUUUCACCGGCCAGGUCAUCCACCCGCAGUUCUGGCCCGAGGAUCUAGACUACACGGGCAAGAAGAUCGUCAUCAUCGGCAGCGGCGCCACCGCCAUCACGCUCCUGCCCAACCUCGCCGAAAAGGCCGCCCGUGUGACGAUGCUUCAGCGCAGCCCGACCUACAUCCUCUCGCUCCCUAACCGCUCCGCCAACCGCUGGCUCUCGUAUAUCCUGCCCUCGGCCGCGUACCAGCGGCUGCAGCGCGCCGUGUGGAUCAUCACCACGCGCAUCUUCUUCCUCUUCUGCCAGCGCUUCCCGACCUUCUCGCGCUGGAUCCUCAAGAAGAACGUCAGUCGGCAGCUCCCAAAGCACAUCCAGUAUGACCCGCACUUUGCGCCACGCUACAACCCCUGGGACCAGCGGCUGUGCGUGUGCCCGGAUGGCGACUUCUUCAAGAGCCUGCGCGCCGGCAAGGCCGACGUCAAGACAGACACGAUCAAAACCGUCACCAAAAAGGGCAUCACCCUGAACAGCGGCGAGACACUCGAUGCAGACAUCAUCAUCACCGCGACCGGUCUGCAGCUGCAGCUGGCCGGCGGCGCGACACUCUCAGUGGGUGGGCAGAAAUACGAACCCGGCGCCAAGUACAUGUGGAACGGGGUCAUGCUGCAGGACCUGCCAAACGCCUCGUUUAUCAUCGGCUACACGAACGCCUCGUGGACGCUCGGCUCCGACGCCACCGCCCAAUUCGUCACGCGCCUAUUGAAGACCCUUGAGGAGCGCAAGCUGAUUGCCGCGACGCCGCGGCUCAAGCCCGCCGAACAGGAGGGCCUCGAGGAGCGGCCCCUGCUGAACCUCAAUUCGACCUAUGUCACCGUCGCGCAGCGCGUCCUGCCCCGCGCCGGUAACAAGGGCCCAUGGCAGCCGCGCGACCACUACCACAAGGAUAUCAAGUUUGCACUCAAGGGCGACGUGAACGAGGGCAUGGAGUUUGUGCAGGGGCCCAGUCUGCGACUGCGCCCGAAGCAGUCGUGA